AUGCAAUUUCCUAAGUUAAUAUUAUUCAAUAUCAUGUUUGUUGCAGAAUUAUGCAACACAGAUUCCGAUUGUUCGGAUAAUGACAACGAGACGGGGGAGGAUGACGACGAUAAUUUAGAGAAUUCAACCGAUGAACCAAAAUCAGCAAAGUCACGCAGACGACGAACUGCAUUUACCAGUGAGCAAUUAUUAGAGCUAGAACGAGAAUUUCAUGCUAAAAAGUAUUUAAGUUUAACUGAAAGAAGUCAAAUUGCAACAACAUUGAAGCUUAGUGAAGUUCAGAUAAAAAUUUGGUUUCAAAACCGUCGGGCGAAAUGGAAGCGAGUGAAAGCCGGUUUGACAUCACACAAUAUGGGAAAUCGUGGAUCAUCAUCUAAUGGCGGAAAUAAAAUUGUCGUGCCAAUUCCAGUGCAUGUUAAUCGUUUCGCAAUUCGACAUCAACAUUCAGCGAUGGAAAAAUUAAGUCUUUGUGGACCCAAACCAGAGCUACGGAAAGCAGCAAAUGUUGACACAAGUUGCUUUGAAAAUUUCAAACUUCAACAACAGAAAGUUGGAAAACCGUUCUUAUAAAAUGAAAUUUAAUUAAAUAGAAACUUUAAUCGUGUCUUUUUAUGUGUGAGAAAUUAAAUGAAUAAGAACGUGAAACUACAAGCAAUAAUAAAUUUUUUUGAAUAAAUUUGUGGGCAA